AUGGAGGAGGCGGCAGAGACUGCACAGUUGAGGCAACCAAAGCUUCAGGAUGAUGGUACCCCAGUCCGACGCUCAGAAACCAAGCGUUACAGUGAGAUAUUACGUGAUUUUGACGCUAACUUGGAUAUGUCAUUAACAUGCUCGACUGUGGAUGAGCUGCUACAGGAAGCAGACUCACUGUCUUUAACAGACAUUUCAGCAGACACCACACUGAACGCUGAUCUAGAUGAUAUUACAUGUGAAGAUUUGGAGUCGCUGAAGAGCUGCCGUGAGGAGGAGGAGGAAAAAGACGGAGCUGUAACCGCCCAGGAUGCCGACCUGACCCUGUGUCGCUGCGAGGGUGGCGUGGAGCUCGCCCUGCAGUAUGCCAAAAUGUGGUGCCGUUAUGCCAAAGACCUGCUGACCUGGAUGGACAAAAGAAUCAGCCUGGAGCAAGAGUUUGCAAAGAGUAUUAUGAGAGCAGCUGAUGCAGCCAAGUCAUGUGUUGCUCAACAGGACAUGAUGCCCCUGCAGAACAUCUACACACAGGCGCUGGAACAUGAUAUCAAAAGCAGCACAUCAGCCAAACAAACAGCUGAACUCAUUCAACAGCGCUGCUACCAGGCUCUCUCGGCCAAGAGGAACGAAAUCGACAAGUGGCGACGGGAAUUCAAAGAGCAGUGGUCUAAAGAGCAGAAGAGGAUGAACGAUGCAGUGUCUGCGCUGAAGAGAGCGAGACAGCAAUACAUGCAGCGCUGUGAGGAGCUGGAGAAGGCCAAAGCCAUGACGGCCAAAGCUGAAGAGGAGACGACGGCGGGCUACAAAACCCUGGACAAGAGGAGGAAGUCCAGAGAUGACGCCCAAACGAAGGUUACAGAGACUGAGAUGCUGUACAGGCAGUGUGUGUGCGAAGCGAACAACCAUCAGAAAGAGCUGGAGAAGGUGAAGCGCACCAUCAUUGUCCACAUUCGCAAGCUCAUCUGUCAAGGAGACACUGUGCUAAAAGAGGCAACGGUGAACAUGUUUUAUUACCAGCGGCAGCAGACUGAGGCCGUUCCUGUGGGUUACCAGAACUUAGAGCUGACCUGCAGGCCCUGUGAUCCAGGUGUACCCUACCUGCAGUACAUCCUGGGAAAGCACCUGCCCGAACAACCUCGCCAGAACUUCACAUUUCAGGAAUUCAUGCCCCAAAACAAGAGAUCCCCACCAGCAGGUCGACGUAAACAAAGCAACGCUCCAAGUUACCAACUAGACUCAUAUGUGCUACCAGAGGAACUGAAACACAGCAGCAGUUUAGUAGAUGGACGACGUCCCGGUCACAGCGACAGAGACAGCACUGGAGGAAGUCUUGAAUCACUGUCCAGUCCAGCUUAUGGGAACCGGAAGCUGCCCAAGGCCUCCUCCACGGGAACCAUGUCUUCAGAUGAUCUUGAUGAGAAAGACGCUCUGCAAGAAGCAGAGAGCGAAGAGGGUUUGUCUGACAGCAACGGAAUGACAUGCAAACCAAGAAAUGCAUCACGAGCCGCGCUGACCCACAGACUCAAAAAAAUGAAGAGCAAGAUGGUCAAGUGUAAGCAAUGUGACAAUUACAUCCUGGUCAACGGGAUCGAGUGUGAAGAGUGUGGCCUGGCAGUCCACAGGAAGUGCCUGGAGGUGUGCCAGAUGGAGUGCGAGUACAGGAGAGGCUUCAUCUUUGGGAUGGAGUUCUCCCUGCUGCCCAGAGAGAGCCCAGACUCGGUGCCCUUCGUUGUCCUGCGCUGCACAGAAGAGAUUGAGAGCAGGGCUCUCGAAGUCCAGGGAGUUUACCGAAUCAGUGGAUCCAAACCUCGCAUUCUGAAGUUAUGUCAGGCUUUCGAAAUCCAGAAAGACCAAGUUGACCUCGGUGACCUCUCGCCACAUGACAUCACCUCCGUACUGAAGCAUUUCUUCAAAGAGCUUCCAGAGCCCCUACUCACCUUUGACCUUUACAACGACUUCAUCAAUGUGGGUAAGGAGAUUCAGAGGCUCAGUGAAAAGGACAAUGCAGCCGAGUCUCCUGGGAUUGUGACGAGUAUUGUGGUCCGACUCCGAGAGCUCAUCGGACGACUGCCUCUGUGUAACUACAACACAGUGCAGCACAUGAUGGCCCACUUGAACAGGGUUGCAGAACAUUUCGAGGACAACAAGAUGUCUCCAGGAAACCUGGGCAUUGUGUUUGGCCCCACUCUCCUGCGGCCCCUGGUGUCAGGAGACGUCUCGAUGAUCGCUCUGCUGGAAACCAGCUAUCAGGCUCUUCUCGUGGAGUUCAUGAUCUCACACUAUGACCACAUCUUCGGUCCCACAACAAGAUCCAGCACACCUCCUCCACCGCCUCCCACCGCACCCCUCCCAGACACCCCUCCCAGAGCCUCAUGUCCCAUGUCUCCUGUCGACAGUUCCUCUCAGGACCCUGCGGCCGGGGGCAGGGAACGUCCACGCUCUCUGGAGAAUCGCACAAUCAAGAGAGAAUCAAGUGAGGGUUAUAUUUCUGACAAGUCAUCAUCCAAUGAAGCAAUGGACCAGCUGAGCCCAGAAGCCAUUGAGAGAGCAGUCCUGGCUAUGAGGGCGACAGCAUCUCCUCAGGUGCAUUUGGAGCAGGCUGCAGAAAGUCAAUUACAAACUCAGUCGAGGGCUCACUUCAGCAGGCAGCCAGUGAAGUACCACAGGCAGGGUUCGGCAGGGGCGCAAUUACGAAAAGCAGACUCUCAGUCACGGGACGAGGACAGUUCUGGGAGCAGGGAAGGACUUGUGUCGAGGAGCGCAGACAGCAGUCGCAGCUCCUCUCCUGAGCCCCAGACCCCAAUAGAAACUCACUGCCGAUUACACGAGACCCCCGUCCUGCAGAAUAAGACUGGAUACACCCCUGAGAGUCAGACUGCACCUCAUGCAGCGGUAAAACGGAUUGUAUCAGAUGAGGGGGUUAAAGCUGGAGCGUCUCCGUUUAAAGAACAUGUGGAACAAAUGGGAAAACGAAAUACUAACCAAUCAAACAACACCCUGGGGGGGAGAGAGCGCCUGAUCCGAUCCUUGAGGAGGCGUCCCACGGAGGAGAAAACAGCACAAAUGUUUCUGUCCGGACUGAAGCUUAAACGCAGUGAUUCAGGGAAGGCCGAGCAGCUCCAUUUUGUUUGACAGCGACUUAACUUCUGGGGUUCCUUAAAUUCGCAGGAAGGGUCCAUUUUUAGUUUUCCUGCUUUGAUGCACAUGACGUACGGUGCAGUUAAAUCACAGCACAGAUGGUAGUUCCCUCUCUGACUAGAUAUUUGGCACAGAUUUACCUGUGUUUAUUUGAGAUGCAUAGACUGCCUGUCUUGUAUAGAUGUGUGAUGCUGAAUCACCAGUCCUUUGGGGAUGAGUAUGCAAUAUAUGGAAACAAACAACAACAAAAACUGUCUAUUUACUGUUUUCGGAAUCUUUAAAACCACUUUAUUUCUAGUGUGUUUACAUCAUUAACUAACAACACGUCUUUGUUUUCAGCAUUUUAGAUUUUAUUAACCCAGGUGAAAAAAAAAGUACACUUCCACAAUGUAUUUAAAGUGCUCUAUUUCCACGCACUAAGUUUUUACUUAAUAUAAAAAUGAUUCUUUUGUACUUCUUAAGAUAUACUUAAGAUCAUCUAAGUGUUGCCUACCCAACUGUGUCUGUUUUGGGACGGCACGAAUAUGAACUAAAAUGCACUUCUAACAUUUAGUUACCACUUGUAGUACACUUGAGUGUACAGUGGAACAUAUGUUCAAGUGGUAACUAAAUAUAUCUUUUAAAUACAGAGAUAGUAUGUUUAAAGCGCAUGUUAGUUCAUAUUCAUGGUGUAAUAAUAAUAAUAAAUGUGUAAUCCAGUUAUCCCAAUUUUACAUUUAAAUUUACAUCCAAAUAACAUUAAAAACUGGACACUGAGGAGUCAUUGAAGAGAAAAUCACACAGUGACCAGUUAUUAUUAGACACAUCAGGGCCUAAUGUCACAUGCUAAUUGUUAGUCUUCCUCGUUUAUUAUUUCAUAUAACUCUAGCUCGGGGUUUCUCAGCCCUCGAGGUCCACUUUCAGUUUAGCUUCAACCUUGAUCAAAUUCAAGUGCUGAUCCUGCAGACCUCGAUUAGCUUGCUUAAUUUCUGUUUAAUUGGGGAGAUAAACUAAAAGUGCCAUCAUGUUAUGUGGCAGGAUUUGUCCACUAGAUGGCAGACGCGAUGCGCAUUGCAUUUGACUACAGUUUCGACUUAGAACCUUUUGGCUCUUAAUUGGGCAUAUUAAUUACUUCAAAAAUGACCUGAACGUCCAUAUCAGGCAUGGUUUUGUCAGCAGAUCUGUAUAAAGUAACUAUUAUUUCACUGUAGCUCUUGAUACGCCUAUAUUAGCUACAAAUUCGUACUUGUGUAUAUAUAUUUGUGUUCCGAAAUAUACGUUUAUAUAGGCUACUGUUUGAAUGUAGACAUUUGAUUUUGUAGGUUAUUUGACCUAACGCACAUCAUCCUGAAAGAUGUCUGAUUUCAGCUGUGCAGAAAUGACACGUUCCUCAUUAAAAAAAAACAAUAUAUUAACCCUCGUUCACAAUGUCUGUCAUCUUCAGACUAAUGAUUUUUACCUAGAGUCUGAGAUUAUUAUAUAGGCUAUGAUAGCUAUAGUAAUUUCUCAAUCUAUUUGUUUAAAACAGCAUAUCAGACAGAAUAAAACAGUUUCUUUUUCA